AUGCAAAUGCUAUCACGAUUUCCAUGUCUUUACGUCAUGCUGUUCGUCAUUGUUGGUCAAGCUGCAUUUCUCGCUGUUAUCGACGUUUUUGGCUGUGGAUUUUCACCGUACGCUGGCCGUGCUUGUAAGAGACAAGAAAAACGUCGACAACAAAAGAAAGCCCUAUUAGAUAUUCUGAAUAAUAUUGAUUCAGAUACUACGUCAUCGGAAGAUGAAUCAAUUCUCGAUACUCAAAAUGAAAGUUCAGCUCAUGAUCAGCAAAGUAAUCAAUGCAGGUCUGGCGAUGUUACAGCCGCUUCUUAUCCAAAUAUCAAUUUACCUACAUACAAGCCGGAUGACGAUGAUGACACUUACUGGAAUGAGAAAUUAACAGAUUGGACUUUCGAUCCAACUUCAUCGUUGUAUGAAAAUUCUCGCGUAUCAGUCAGAGCGGCUGCUGUGUCAGUUAUGUCGAUUGCAAUUGAAUGCAAUUUCCCAAAAUCUGUCGUUGAGCGAUUAUUGAAGAUUUUAAAAUCACUUUUACCGGUGCCGAAUUCGCUGCCAACUACGCACGCUUCUCUUGUAAAAGCAAUAGGCGUUGCAUCCACAUCAUCGUCCAGGUAUUACUGUAAUAGUUGUGAUGAAUUAUGUAUUGCACGCUCACAAUACAAGUUUUGUGAGAACCAUAAAUGUCAAGUCUACGGCCGGCCUCUCAGAAAUCGUGAUAUUAGUGAAAUUGUCAUUUUAGAUAUCAAAGACCAAUUAAAAUCAAUUUUACGUCGAAACAUGUCUUUAUUUUCGAAUGCGGAAUUAUUCCCAUCCUUUGAUAUCACUUCGGGUAAAUGUUACAAAGAACACGUCACGUCUGCAAAUGAAUUAUCCAAAGUUUACAACGAAAAACUUCACCUAGUGACCUUAAAUAUUCAUACGGACGGUGCUCCAUUGAUACGUACAACAAAAUCUUCUUUAUGGCCGUGUCUAGCAUCGGUGGUAGAGUUGCCUCCACAAGUCAGAGAACAACAAUCAAACAUACUCCUUUCAUGUCUGUGGAAUUCUUCAGUCAAACCUAAUGUGAAUAUCUUUAUGCAAGAUUGUAUUCAACAAUUACUGGAUUUAGCUAAUCCAUUUACGUUGAUUAUAAAUAAUUCAGAGUUUGUUAUUGUAUUGAAAACUCAAUUGUUCGUGUCGGAUUUACCUGCGAAAGCUCUUGUUUGGAAAACGAUCAAUUUUAAUGGAUACAAUUCGUGCACAUAUUGUCCUACUGAAGGUGUUUACCAGCAUCGACAAGUACUCUAUCCAUACAGAAAGAACAACUAUCAACAACGUACUCAUGAUCAAUUUUUAGCGAUAGCUCGAGUAGUUGAGGAACGAGCCUCUCGAAGAAAAACUGGCGGUACAAUUGAUGGCAUCAAAGGUCUGUCUCCAUUACUUCAAGCUUUCGAAUAUCCGAAACAAAUAGUAUUUGAUUACAUGCAUUUAUGUUGCUUGGGACAUAUGUCCACCUUAAUACAACGAUGGAAAACAAUGCUAAGCUCUGACGCGUUUAUCGAAAUUAAUAAGAAAAUAUUUGCUCAAAAAUUUCCUCAUAAUAGGAGUGUUAAGUUUAAUUAUCCAUUGAACUCAUCUGAAGAAUGGAAGCCAAAGCAUUUUCGAGUUCAUUUACACUUACCACAACAAGUUUUAACACAUGGUGGACUCUCGUUUACAUCUGCAUUUUGCUUUAAAAGUAUGAUUCGAUUUUUUAAGAAGAGAGCACAUGGAACGCGAAAUCUCGUUACUCAAAUUGCUGAUUGGAUCAAUACUGCAACUGCUGUUGGACAACCAUCUAUUGAACUAUCAAUUCCAACAGUCAUCAGCUAUGUCGAUGAGCCAAAUAGUUAUAGCCUUGUGUCAGUGAAAAGAUUAAUCGAUGUUGAUCAGUUUGGCAAAGGAACGAUUCGUGAGAAGAAUAAGACUUAUCGUAUUGUAGUUGAACGAACAGGUAGCAAGUGUGACAUGGAACGAUUUGCAAAAGAUGCAGAGACAACAUCUGCCUAUACAAUGAAUGCCGAAGUCGUGUCAGACACUGAAGAAUGGCAGAAACGAAAACAAUCGUCAACAAAAAAUAUCCAGGAACAACAAAUAAGGAAUGUUGAUAAACAAUUGGAUGAACUACAUUCUUUUGACUUUGACGAGAAUCCAACUUAUACGACUCUCAAUCCAUGUUCAUUCGAUGAAUUAGAUGCAGCUGGCAUAGGUGAUCGUUCUCAAAUCUUCUCUGAUGAAGAUGAUGAUACUGACGAAGAAGGAUUUGACGGGCCACAAAAUAAAGACACCAAUAAUCAAACUUCAACAUCUAAUUUUAAUCCUAAGUUGACAUCCUCAUUUAAAAAACGUUCAAAGACAAAAGUAGUCCGAGAACCAUCGACUAAACGACUUCGUAAGCAAAUGUGUAUUCUUGCACAAACACAUGAUCAACAGAACAAAACUCUCAAUCUACUUUUGAAUAAUCAAAAGAAAAUGACUAAAGCUAUGCGAGCGCAUCAGAUUCCGAUCCUAUUAUGUGAUGAAGUUCGCGAUCAAGUAUCCUCAACUAGAACAAACUCAACAAGUGUUAUUUAUACAUCGGAAGCUGGUGAAGAAAUUGAUCUUACGAAAAUUCCAGCUGACAAGACAAAACCCAACAAAUUUGUUUUGGUAGCUAUUGACAAGUUAUUUCAACAGGAGGAAGACCUUGUUGCUAUCGAUGCUCGCGAUAUAAAUACUGAUAAACGAAUUACAAUUAUUCGAGAUGCUGUUCAGGCAAAAUUUUGUUUAUCACCAGAAGAGUUAGCCGUAGUUUGGGCAUCAAUGUUUGAAUGGAUUAAAUCUAAAAGGAGAAAUGUAAAAGCAAAAUUUCAGAAAAAGAUGAAUAAAUCCGAUGUCAAUAAGUCCACCGUUGAUGGUGGAAAUCGACAAACACAAGCAUUGGCAGCGAUGGAAUCGAGUCUUGAUAUGCCAGGAACCAACGCACAGUUUUAG